AUGAGGUUAACUGAUGUUUCAGGGACUCCAUAUUGGAUGGCACCAGAGGUUAUACAUGACCCGGAUACAGGUUAUAGUUUCCAGGCUGAUAUAUGGUGUUUUGGUAUUACUGCAGUGCAAUUAGCCCACGGCCGACCUCCUUUCUCUCGCCUUCCUCCUUCAAAGUCUUUGAUCAUGAAGAUAAAAAAGAGGUUUGGGUUGUCUGACUAUCAUGAAGAGAAGCACAAGAAAGAUUUCAAGAAAAAGAAGUUCUCUAAAGAUUUUACAGAUAUGGUUGCUUCUUGUCUUGAUCAAGACCAUUCAAAGAGACCUUAUCCUGAUCGGCUGUUAGAGUAUUCUUUCUUCAAGAACUGUAAAGGAUUAGACUUUUUGUUCAAAAAGGUUUUCGAUGCCUUGCCUAAUGUUGAAGAAACAUUCAAAGAAACCAAAGGUUUACACGAGGGGACAUCAGGGCAGAUUACUGGUGGUGUUGAUGUUGAAGAAGGAGAGGUUAAUGACUCAGUGGGUCCAAGUGUGGAGACUAGAAGGAUCGGUAGCUGGAAAUUUAAUGAGGGUGAAUUCGAGCUUGACCCAGAAUUCCUUACUGAGUCAAAAGAUGAUGCAGUUGUGAAAAUGGUUCGUUUUGGAGAUGAAACCAUCAUUCCGGACACGAGCAUUGGGUUCAGUGAAUCGUCAGGCGGGCCAGGUGACUUAGAAGGUUUAGUGGGAGAUCACACCGGUGCAAACACGAGUGGAAUAGAAGGAAUUGUUGAGGGCUUUAAUAAAGAGACCGUGCUAGAGGGUUUAGUGGGAGAUCAUACUGGUGCAAACACAAGUGCAAUAGAAGGAAUUGUUGACGGCUUUAAUCGAGAGACAGCGUUAGAGGGUUUAGUGGCAUUAAAGAGGAGUUCCGAUGAGCAGAUAAGGCAAGUAGCCAGCGUGAUUGUUCAGUUAGGAGGGGAGGCUGAUGGAGAGGAACAAAUGGUGCAAAGGAUUGAGAAUCUGAUGGAGGAGUUGGAUCUUGAGAAGGAAAAGAACUUUCAGUUAGAGAAGGAAUUGGAAAAUAUCUGUACUGUGAUUUCUGGUUCAUAUAAUGAUUCUUCUGCUGCUGCUGAUAUUGACUGA